CAUUUGAAUCUGAUGAUUGGGAGGGAGUCGAGGUCCUCCUCCGUUACACCGCAUUGCCAACUGAUGCGCUGCCGCUGCAGUCACUCCCUUUAAGCCCGAGGAAAAGUAUGAUUAUUUUCCAGUGAUAAAGCAGCACGAGGUUCAGUGUUAAACUUGAUUAGUGAAAACGGCGAGUACAUAUCAAGAGGAGGACGAUUCCAGUUUAUCGUAGUGUGUCGAAGUGGAAACAAAGUAGCCUACCGUUACUUCUGAACGGAAGCAGCGAGUGGGAAUAGGAGGUAUUAGCUUAACUGUUCUACGCCAGUAUUGUAGUUUUAUCUCAACUUUGGUAAUAAUCUAAUCUACUAGCCUAUCGCCAACAUGACAAGAAGAUCUUGGGCAAUAUACGCGACCGGGAUUGUAUGCGCUCUUCUUCUAAUUCCGGGGAUCGUCCUUCUGGUGGCUCAAGUCUUCCAAACCAUGAUUCAGAGCCGGAUAAAAAAGGAGGUCACGCUAGCGCCAAACAGUCGAGUAUUGCAAGGUUGGAUAGAUCCACCCCCACCUGUCUAUAUGCAGUAUUUUUUCUUCAACGUCACCAACGCUGAUGAGUUCGUGGCUGGAAAAGCGAAACCUGCCGUCACCCAGAUUGGUCCAUACACAUACAGGGAAUACAGACCAAGGGAGAACGUCACUUUCCGGGAGAACGGGACCAAAAUCUUCGCCACAAAUCCCAAGAGCUUUGUUUUUCUCCCCGAGAUGUCUGUGGGAAAUCCGGAAGUCGACCUGCUGACGACUGUCAACAUCCCUGUCGUUGCGGUGAUGAACGAAAUGCACUCGUACUCCUUCUUCCUGCGUACGGCCGUGUCUCUGUGGAUGGGGACUCUGGGUAUUGACCUCUUCAUGACGCGUACGGUCAACGAGAUCCUCUGGGGUUUCAAAGACCCUCUGCUGUCUAAGAUCCACGCCAUGCGUCCAGAGGUGGACGAGAACUUCGGCCUAAUGUACAAUAAAAAUGGAACCCACGAAGGUGAAUUUGUCUUCCAUACGGGUGAACAAAACUACAUGGAUUAUGGAAAAAUCGACACCUGGAAUGGAAUAAAACAAAUGACAUGGUGGUCAUCCAAUCAGAGUAACAUGAUUAACGGGACAGACGGCAGCGUGUUUCACACGUUCCUGUCAAGGGACGAGCUGCUCUACAUUUUUGCUGCUGAUCUCUGCAGGUCUAUCCAUCUUGCUUACGUAGAGGAUACAGAGGUCAAAGGCAUCCCGGCCUUUCGCUUCGCCCCGCCAGAGGACGUCCUGGCAAGCCCAGAGGAGAACCCUGCCAAUGCUGGUUUCUGUGUGCCCGCUGGUGACUGCCUGGGGAAAGGGGUACUCAAGGUCAGCGUGUGUAGGGAAGGUGCACCUGUUGUUGUCUCCUUCCCUCACUUCUACCAAGCUGAUGAGAAGUACAUAAACGCCAUAGACGGGCUCAGCCCUAAUAAAGAAGAGCACGAGACGUAUCUUGACUUGAACCCGACCACGGGAGUUCCUAUCCGUGCCUGCAAGCGUGCCCAGAUUAACGUCAUCAUGAAGAGAGUCCCUGGUUUCCCCAAAACCAAAUUCCUCAACGAGACCAUCUUCCCCAUUAUGUAUGUGAACGAGACGGCCACCAUUGACGACGACUCUGCAGCCCAAAUGAGAGGUCUCCUCCUGAUUGUUACCCUGGUGUCCAACUUCCCUGUCAUUAUUCUUGGUUUGGGGGUCAUUUUGCUUGUGGUCUUCUUGUGCCUCAUACUGAGGUCUCGUCAAAGGAGGAAUGAAAAACGUAUUGAUUUCUCAGAGGCUUUUCAUUCUUUUACUACGACGAAAGACGACACGGCCUACACUCAAGUCAGCGACAAGGCCGAAGACUCUCCAGAGAACCACGCGAACCAGCCAAUGAGAAACGGCUCUUACAUCGCCAUGUCUCCAGUGGAGGCACAGAAGUGUUGAUGAGGGGGGGAGGGAAGGGUGAGAAGUUGGCUACACUGGAAUCACACACACACACACACACACAGCGUUAAGCCCACCUGUGGUGCUUCCCCUCCCCCUACCCACACUCUGUCUUUUGACACGGUGUGAUCUAGUUUGUUUGUUUGUUUCUGGGGGGGUUUUUUGUUUUUUUUUUUUUCUCGGUUGGGCUAGCCCUUCUUGAAACCACCACAAGAACAUCUGUCAAGGUGCCACUGGUAUUACAGAGACCAUUAUGGUUUCCUCUGUCUCUGUCCUGCUGAAUUUUCAUUCUCAGUUUUUGAGCUUGAGCUCCCUUUGGUUGCCAUACGUAUGUAUAAAUGGAGCAUUUGUUUUUUUCCCUUCAAAACGUAACACACGCUAAACAUCCAGUACAGUACAGAUGUACAUCUGCCUGAGUUUACAGAGACACUUGUCACAUGGAAUGGGAAAAAGGAAUUUUUUGGAGGGAAAGGAAUAUAUACUCAUUUGCGGUCUCACUCAUCUGUGAUGAACUUUGAACUCACUAAGCCCAGGGGUUCGAUGAGCUCCAGAGGGAUUCAGGUCACCGUGGAGGCUGUGGUACCACCGACCAAGUGUCCCGUUAAAAAACAACAACAAAACAAAAAACACUCCUCGCUAGACUUCAGGGAAAGCUAUAGCUCUUACAGUGUUGAAUGAAGUUCAUCUCCACACUACUGUCCUCAAAUUCUGUUUAGACCGACUGAGACUAACAAAGCUCUUUAUAUGUCAUAUCCUUUUCAGUAAUUUGGGGCAAUUUUUUUCUUUCUUUCAUUUUUUUGCCUUGUGUACAAAAAAGAGAACUUAAAACUAAUCUCAUUUCUAUAUAUAUGUAUGUAUGUAUGUAUGUAUGUAUGUAUGUAUGUGAGUGUGUGUGUGUGUAUGUAUGUGAGUGUGUGUGUGUGUGUGUGUACAGAAAUAUGUGUGGAUGUGUACCCGUGUAUUAGUCCAUGGAUAAGGUUGUGGGUCUGCGCAUGUAUGCCUGUGCUCGUAUGCAUGCCGGUAGCACUGCUAUGAAGCCGCUUUUGGCGGACCACGCGCCAAUGCAGUGCGAGGGCCUGAAUCGGACACUAGUGACUUCACAUUCCCGCACCAUACCACCUAAUCGCCUUUUUUUUCUUUUUUUUUUAAAUAAUAUUUCUUAUGGUUGGUUUUUUUUUUUUUUUGGGACCUUUGUGGCCAUAUUUCAUUAGACCAGUCUCCUCUUCUAAAUGAGUAUCGAGUUGUUCUAGAAAUCACAAUAGCUUUUUACUUUCUUUUCAACAUGGAAAAAAACCCCAAAAUACUUACUAAACUCACAAAAGAGACUUGAAAGAAUUGUCUUUCUGCCUUACAGAUUCUCAAAACACGGAUUUUUUUUUUUUUUCGAUGCAAAACGAUGCAGUUGUAAAGGCUGUUAAUGUGUGAUCAGUUAUCUGGACUUUUCUUUUUUUGGGGGGGGGGGGGGGGGAAUCGUAAGACUACCUCUGACCAAUCGCAGCCAGUAGAGUGAAAAGCUCGCGCAUCACAGUUGUGGGAACAUUUGUUGUUUACGACGACGUCAUGACAUCAGUCCGGUCCACAACUGGAAGAAAGCACAAUAUCCACACCGGCAUAAUCUAUCCUUUUGUGGCAUCGUAGUGAUUUGUUUCUUCCUGAUUAGGGCUAAGCAGAUCAAGGCGAAGAGGUCAGAGGUUAUCUCUGGAGUUUGCACACAUUUCAUCGUUGUUGUACCUUUCAUUCAAAUGUAAUUCCGUGAGGCAAGGCACAAAUUAGUCUUUAAAAAUACCCCAUGUCCCGCCACCCUCUCCGGCUACCAGUUAUCCUGUCACUCGUCCUCGUCCAUUUCAAAGCCUUUUGCUGUUGCCUGUGAAAAGUGAUCAGACUAAAAGUCUACUUGAAAAAUGUGAUCUUUGCACUUUUUGAAACAACGACAGAAAGUACCCGACGUUUUUGUGUGUUGUGUUAAUUUAGUGGGUCUGUCAGUGCAUUUCACAGGUUUACCCACCUCUCCCCCUGCCCCCAUAUUAAGUUUGCGUUUUUUCAGGUGCCCCACCGUGGGAUGUGGUUUUUGUUGUUUUUGGGGGGGGGGGGGGGGCGAGGCGGGAUCCUUUGGACAUUUUUAUAACUUGCUUUUCAUGACCUGUAUCCGUAUAUUGGUAUUUUACCUUUAAUUGCUGCUAACAAAAUGCCAUAACCCAAGAAUAUGUAUUUUUGUAAUCAAUAAACGAUUAUAGCUCAGUUUGCUAGGGACCAUACAUCAAAUUUAUUUAUGAAACUUAAGUCUCCUGAUAAUGCCAAAAGCUCCUGCAUAUUUCACAGUAACUUCAGAAAAGCCAGACAUUUUCAUCCAAGUGUUACAUUUAGCUCAACAGCUCUGUUACCUGUUGUGUUGGAUUUCAUUCCCUCUGCGAAAUGACCUCCUCAGAUUGUGUGGAGUAUCGCGGUAAUCUAGAUCACUUCCUAUUGCGUGUCUUUACGGUUUAGUUAGAUUUUUGCACAACGUUCUAUGCUGUUGUUAAGAAACAAGGUGUGAAUGGAAGGGAGGUUCAUUCAAACGUGUUAAGUUGUCGGCUUUACAGACCAAUGACAUUUCUUGCUUUGUGUCUCUCCUUUGUACGUGUGUGGGGGUUUUUUUUUUUUUUUUUUGUUUUUGGUUUUUGUUUUUUUUGAUCAGCACAUGUAAAACCAAUUUGCCACCUGUAGCCUUUCGCAAAGCUCGAAAAACAACGCAAGGCCACCUGCCGACUUUGCUGGACCACAUCAGCCCCACUGUUGGGGUAUGUGCCACUUACAGUGACUUGAAUUUAUUAAAUCCACAAAAUCUGAGCCAUUUCUGUAUUGUCUGACUCCCUUUCAUCAUAGACACUUUGGAGCCCAGUCGAUUUGUUUUGUUUUGUUAUGUUUGUUCACGCCCCUGUACGCUUGACCAAAGAUAAUCCCCGUUUUUCAGUUAUCCCGUCAUGUUUACUCUUCAUUGAGGUUGUGUUGGCACUGCCCCCUUUUUCAAGCCUCAUUUUCCCCAUUUACUGUAGCAGUGUCAAGAUCCAAGUAUAUGUACAAGGGCAAAGGCAAAAAGUGAUCAAUUCGAUAUGUAUUCUAUUUCAUGAGUAUAUUGCGUGAGUUUGUAAAUGCAUUGAGUGUGUAACACACACAUCUGACAAUUUAAACCGCUGUCAUGAUGUGCUAUUGGGAGGGAAAAAAACUCAGUAUUAUGUAUUGACACAGCAAUAUGACAUUGUGUAAAAUAAAAAAAAAAGAGGAAGUUUUUUUAUAAAUAACCUGUUUUGUAAUCCAACAAACAAUAUUUAUGUAUCCAUAUGUAUAAUGACCUGUAUAAUAUCAAUUUUCAAAGCUUUGUUUAUUUUCUGGUCCUGUUCAUUUCAUGAUUUUGUUGUUUUUUUUUUUGUCUUAAGUAAAAUUAUUAUUUUGUAAUAGUCAGAGGGGGUCACUGGGCACGUGCUGUUAAUUUAUUUGUUUGAUUUUUUUUUUUUUCUUUGCCCCUUAAAUUGAACAGGACAGUAAUCGUACGUCGGCGCUCUCUGUUCACAAGCAGUGUGAGUAUGACUGUCAGUUCGUGGCUUCUUGAAAGAGUCGCUUGUGCUUGUUUAGUGAAGUGAGAAAGAGGAUGGUCGUAAAAUCAAAUCUCUUUAAUACAAGUAUCUCAAGGAACCGAUGCACUGUUUGUUUUUGUUUUGUUUUUUGUUUUGUUUUUUUUGGUCUGUCCGGUUGGAAUGACUGUUGGAAGGCUGAGUAUUCUUUGUAGUGUUUAUGGGAGAUUGCUGUUUUUUUUUCGUGCCAAUUCUGGGUACAAGGGAAGUUUAAAAAUGCAAUCAACCAUUUCUGUCAGGAUGAAUGACGCCCUCCUUGCAGGGAUGAGUGACUAGUGCCAUACCAUCCUUGUUUACAUGAUUUAGCUUUUUUUUUGUCAUCUAACAAUGUAUUUAAGCAGUGUAGAUAUUCCUUUUUCUUUUCGCCUGCUGUCUUUUGUCUCCAUGCAUUUCCAUGUUUUUUCUUUUCACCAUGCAAAUUUUCUAAUGUCUCAGAGGAUGGUCUUAAACACUAAGUGUUCCUCUGAGAUGGCUCUGACACCCACUCCUGUUUUGUUUGUUUGUUUGUUUAUUUGUUUGUUUUGUUUUCUGCUGCUGAGAGUGACAAUCCUUAUGUCAUAUUUGGUGCAAAAUCAUUUCCCAGUAAUUUUGCCAUUUUUUGUUUCAGUUUUGGUAAUUUACACUGCACAAAUGUUUCUACAGUGCUUUUUGUAAACAUUUUUAGUGUUAUUUGCAAAAAAGAGAAAGAAAUAAAGAAGUUGCAAUCACUGCAAA